AUGGACCAAUUUGGUACUCUUGAAUUAAAGUAAGUUGGGAGCUUUUCAAGAACAUUUACCAGUCUGCAAAACGUAAACAAGGCAAGGGUUUAUUAAUUUGAACACACAAUCUUAACAUACAUAUCAGUAUAUCACAGGGUCGUCAGUGGAAGGCUGUAGUAGAAUAUUUUAUUUAUUAUUUAAAAUAAUUGCACGUAUUUUUCUUUCAGAUGGUCUCAAGGUUAUACUGGUACCAAACUUCAUUACAUAAAAAAAGAUGUACUUUGUUAUGUGUGUGGAAACAGUAUCAAAUUUACCAAUACCUCAACGAAGGAUGAAUCUUUCCUAUCAUCUGAGGGUGCUGGAAUUGCUUGUUUUGCCAUCAACCCGACCAACAUGGCUGUUGGGUUUGCUGACAAGUCAAUGGAACCUAAUAUCUAUGUGUACACAUAUCCAAAUUUAACUACAUAUCGAGCAAAACUCAAAGGUUUGAAGCAAAGUGCAUUCCACGUUACUGUAACUCUACACCAGACAUAUGACUAAAUUUAUUUUUGCUUGUUCUAUAGGUGGUGCAAAGCUUGAAUACACAUGUAUGGCAUUUGCAAACAAUAGUAACAUUGUUGCCAGCUAUUCUGGUGUCCCUGAUUUUAAAUUGACAAUAUGGUAAUCACAAUUUAAUUGUUUAUCAUAAAGUUAAUAAUCAACAAUGUUCUUGAAUGUGUCUCAAAAUGUCCACUGAUUGAUCGAUUGUGCCACAAUGGGUCAUUCCAGAAAACAUCCAUACCACCCCCACCGAGGAAAUAGGAAGUUAACCCCCCUACCCCCUUUGAAUGUCCUAAUACAUUUACUAGCUAUUAUCAGAAACGAUUUUUUCUCCCCUCCCCCUCUGGACGGCAGAAAUUUCCUCCGUGGGGGGAGUAUGGAUCUUUUCUGGAACGACCCAAUCGGAAAUGACCAAUUACACAGUCUGGAAAGUUAACUUUUUGCACGCCGGACAUCGAUUCAGGCACUUGUAAAUGUACGCCAAUUUUUACUAAUUUUGGAAAUAUUAAUGCGCAAAAGUUCCAAAUACACCUUUUUAGUAUACACCUAUUUGGUCCAUAUUUGUUGAAUUUGAACAAUUACUAGUCCAUGUAAACAAAUGUACGCCAUUAUGUAUGCCAAAAUUUGUGUUUGUACACCGGACAAGUCCGGCGUAUACACUCAACAUUCCAGUCUGGCCAAUUACCAAUUAUUCAUGCAACAAUCGACCUAUAUUUAUAAUACCAAUUUUUUAUGAUGUCAUAAUGUCAGCUGAUUGAGUAAAGGUGACAUUUAGGCUGAUACAGUAUUGGAAAAUUUUCGAUAUAUAGAUAUAGAGAAAAAAACCCAACUAUAUUGAAAAUAUGCAAAUUACGAAAUUUAUAGUUUAGCUCUGAGUUUAGUCAAUAUACCAAUUGUCUACUGAUAAGGCAAAACUUAGCCCAAAUUAUUUGUCAAUCACUGACCAUUUCAUUUGGCCUCUGAGCAACCAAAUUGUGCUAGAUAGUGCACCUUAAUUAAUUUAUAUUUAUACUGGCUAACACUUUAUCAUUUUGUUGUUCAGGAACUGGUUAGAAGGUCAGAUGCUUUGCUCAGUUGAAACAGAUGAAAUCUUGUGUCAUGGAAUGUCUUUUAAUCCUUCCAGUUGGAAACACUUGUUGACUGUUGGUAGUGAAGACAGUGUGUGUCUAUGGGACAUUGAACAGUCGAAUCAACGUUAUCUUGUUACACCCAAGUAAGAGAAAAACGUGAAGUAAACAUGCAAUUAACAUCCAUGAUUUCAUUUUUUCUUGAGCUGUGCUUUAUAUUUCAGUGUACUGGCCAACAGGGCCUCCCAGAGUGGAGGGGGCAAAAGGGCCCCAAAUAAAAAUAAUGUGAAAUGUGCAUACCGGUAUAUAGAUAUAACUGUCAACUGAUUCCCAGAAUGCAGUAUUUUACCAUUUCUGUUUUUAAAAUAUUUCCUAUUUCCUGUAUAGUUUUGUAUUUUAAUUUUAUUGUGUUCCUCUGUUUGGUAUUCAGCGACAUCACAAUUCUGUUUUGACAAAAAAUUGACAAACAUCUGACCUCAUGAUUUUAGUGUUGUGAAGCUCCCUUACACAGACGGUAGUGCUGAAAUUGGUGAUUAUGAUGAUCCAUCAAACAACUUAAGUCGCAUGAGUAAUCCAUUAUCAUCAACCUCAGUAAAAAUGACCAAGGCAGCCAUCGCUGGCAUUGAUAUAAAACGAUUGACGUCUUUUAUGCCAGGUGAGUUUGUAGCCAUGCAUAAUAUUUUAAAAUGAACGGAAACAAGGCUAAUUAUGUGGCAUAGUCACUGCACUCCCCCCUUUACCAUUGUUGAAAAAUGCAUUUAUUGUUGAAAUGAUAUUUAGGUAACGAGAAAGAGAGAUGCUGUGCAAUCAGUCAUUGCUGGUCAAGUGAUAAUGUUGUGUAUUUGGGCUGCAAGAAAGGUUUCUUAGUCUCUCUGGACUGGGAGAAAAGUAAACUGACAAUUUUAAUGGAUUGUAAUCUACAUGAGACUCGAUCCAGUGAAGAUAAUCUGCAUAUUAUCCAGGAAGGUAUGAUGCUCUUCAGAGUUCUGUGGAUUUCCAAUUACAUUUAUAGUUAAAACACAGUUGCAAGCUACUGGCUCUUUACCUUAAUGGCUUAGAUAUGCGCUUGCAAAUGUUCCCAAAUUACAGUCGCACAAAAAUUAUGACAAGUGGAGUUGUUGAUAAAACCUCGAGAAAAUAUCCCUGAAGGAGCGGUUAUUUCAAAAAUAGAUGAACCAUUCAGUGUACUGUUGCAUUGAUAACGUUGAAUGAUUAUUUUAUUACCCAUUGAGUGUGCCAAAGGUACACCAAAGUAGGACGCAUCUGAGGUAAAGUGUGCAAUAGUGGUAGGUAGUAGGUAGUAGGACGCAUCUGAGGUAAAGUGUUCAAUACUUUUCAAAAAUAGAAAGGACUUAUGGUGUUUUUUUAGAGGAGUCUAUUUCCUCAGAAGCUUGGCAGUCAAUUCUCAAAUGGAAAAAUGGUUUACUUGCUGGUGGAAGUGUAAGAAUACUAAAUAAUUUAAUUGACUAAUAUUUACGUGCAACAUUACGUUAGAUUGCUAUUGGCCCAAUAUGUAUCUCUACAGCUCUGUAUACAGUAUGUACUAUUGGAUCUAUUGCUCUGCAUAUGUAACCUAAUUCUAUUUUUGAAAUGUUUUCAAAAUAUAAAUGUUUCAAUGUAGGAUGGUGUUCUCAGAUAUGUGACCAUCACCGAAAGUAAAGGAAAGAUUGAAAAAGCUGUAGAAUUGAACUUCAGCAUGAACCAUCUGUGUUCUUGGUCCACUGACGAGAAACUGGCUGUUGCAGAUGAGGGGGUAGGCAUGAGAACUAUUUCAUAUGUUGUGUUAGGCCUCCCCCCCCCCCCCCCCCAGCUCAAAAGGGCCUGCCUUGUUUGGGCCUGUUGCUCGCCUCUUCUUAUUGCGUAUUUAUUUAAUCUUGUAAUUGUUACCGCAGUUAAAGUUCAAUAAAUGAUAAAUAAAUGAAAUUUUCUUGAUACAGAAUUGCUUAACUGAGAAUAUAAAUCUUAGCUGUGUUAGUGCGGAUAAUAUGCAAUAUUAAAAGUGUAAUAUAUUGUAAAACAUCGCUUCUCCCGUUUUACAAUUAUGACUUCGUAGGAGUGCCUGUGUGGUGUAGGUAGUAUUCUACGUUCAGCUGCCAUGAUUUGUGUCUGAACUGCCUGAAAAAGAUAGAUUAGAUAUGAGAAGUUAUGAGAGAGGUGUAAGGAAUAACGCAAAAGUAUACACCUCCUCAAUGGUAAGUGGUGGACAUGCGCACUUAUAAUUUGAAGAACCUUUAACUAUUGGGCGUGUUCAUUUAAAAAACUGGGGGUAGCAAGUUUGAGAGUUUGAACAAAGUGCUAUCGUAUUUUAGGGCGCAGUAUAUCUUUAUGAUGAAAACAACGAGGACAACCAGUUGACAAAAUUGUUUGAUGAUCAUUUUGGCAAACUUGUUGCCAUAGAUUGUCUUGAACAGGGGAAUGAUUACGUUGCGGUAAGUAUGAUGUUGGUUAUUAAAUUAUAUGUGAGCUCUAUGAUUAACAUUGCCGCGUGCUGUUAUACCAGAGACAGCUCUGAUUCUUGGGGAUGAACUUAGGCAUGGAAAAGAUCGCUCGUCUCAUGGACUAUAAUUAUUUAUCCUAACCCACUCUGUCAAAUUGCCUUGUGGGAGGAAACCGGAGCGCCCGCGGAGAAAACCCACGACUUUCGGCAGAGCGUUGACUGACUCUUCUCACGUGAAUCCGUAGCGAGAGUCGAACCCAGGAUCUCCGAGGUGAAAGACGCGUGCUUUGACGACUGCUCCACCGAACCCCCCUGUCAAGAAAGGAAGGAUCAUCAUCCAUCAUACCAAGGCUUUUAGAAUUAUUCUGAGUAGCUGUCUGUUUUGAUAAAGUAGGCGGUUGUUGGGGGCGGUCUAGGGAGUCUUAAAGUCAUCCAAAUUAACAAGUUUAUAUUGAUUAGAUAGCAACACAACUGAGCUCUGUAACCAAAUUAUAAUAUAUCACUACUUUCAUUCUUCAACAAGAUAACUUCGAGAUUUAAGAUGGCAAAUAACUAAAUCGUUUUACGAAAUAGUACGUCGUUUUUGAAAAUAACCAGCUAUAAAGUAGACCAGGUUGAUGAAAAAUAACUUGAAAGCUUAGAGUGGAGGAAGGAGAGCAGAAUUGAUAUUUCAAGUACUAAACAAAGUAACCGGCGGUGAACCUCAUAGCACCUGCCGGAGCUCCGGCGGCCGCCGGCUUAUUUUGAAAGCCUUGCAUACCAAUCCUUCCUGGUGAGGUUAGACCAAUCAACUACAUUAUCUUGUCAUUUCUUUCUUUAGACAUGCAGAGACAAUGGUUGCGUUCAAAUCUGGUGUACCAGGACGUCCAAAUUAAUAUCACAGAUUGUCUUACAACACGAGGUGGUGUUUUAUUUCUAUAUAUUAACACAACACUUUCUAUAGAUUUGUACAAAAUAAAGUGCACUUAAAGAUAAGUGGGAAGGGACACCCUAAGAGGUUUCAAUGAAAGUUUUGCUGCACGGACUUGAAACAAGUUUACCUCCUGGGUGGGGCGUCCUUUUUUCCGACCUGUACGGACCAUUCUUUUUGGAGAAAAAAAUCCGUAAACCAUAAGAAAUUAAAAGUGGAGCGUAACCCACCCAAUCAACAUUCUCAGUGGGAGAAAAAACCAGAGUACCCAGAGAAAACACAUAAUCUUCGAGAGAAUUUUUUCACGCGGAUGUCUUGAGUCCAGAGUGGGAAUCGAACUGACAACCGUAGAGGCGAGAGCCGGUUGAUCUGACAACUCCGCCACAGACGCCUCUACCGCAAAAGCUCUUCCAAGAACUUAUUUGUAAUGAAAAAAUCCCACAUUUUCCACCUUUUACAUUUAGUUUAUUGACAUAACUCGUUUGUUUUUUUCUUGGGUAUUUCUAUAGACGAGCAGCAUGGCUUGUUCUCCUUCGUCCAGUAUCAUUGUUAUUGGAACAACGUCUGGUUAUGUAUACUUCGUAGAAACAACCACUGUAGAAAAUCCGAGAAUUUUAUCUUGUAUUCUGCUUCAUAAAGGACCUGUAUUCCAUUUAUGGUUAGUAUUUUGAAAAAAUACAAGGAGAGCUUCGACGUUUCGAACGAAUGGUACCAAUGCUGGACUAACCAUAUGGUCCCCGCGCUUUUUUCUACGUCCAUCUUUUCUGUAGAAAGAUUGACAUAAACUGGACAUAAAUUGACAUAAAUCGACCGCAAGAUUGCCCCAAAAAGUGCGAGACCCCCAACAAGCACGGACAACACAAAUUUGCGGAACCUUGGAAAAGCGCGGAGUCAUAUAACCUCCAGGGGCCGAUUGUAUAAAACUCUUAAUCACUUUUUUAAUCACUAUUUUAUCUCAAAUACGCGCUUCUUAUUGGAUGACGUUUCCUCUAAGUAUAGUUAACUUUAAUCACGUUUUUCUAGAAGCCAGAGAAUUUUACUUGAUAAUUUUCUAUCCUUUAGUUUUGAUAAAUUCGGUCAAGUUUUGAUCACUGCCUCGAAUGAUGGUCAUGUUUUUGUUGUCGAUCCCAGAGUUACAACGGAGUUCAACGUUCUCGGACACACAGGUAAAUAUUGAUCACUUGUAACUUCUGUAACUGUAAUUUUAAAUCACUUUCUGAAUACAUGAUUUUUGAUUAUCACAUUUCAUAUUAAGUGGAUUCAAGAACAGCCAUCUAGUUUUUGACAUACCAGCACUCUGGUAACGAGUUUUAAGAAUACCCUUCAUUGAGUCAGUGAACAUCGUCUCGCAUGCAAUCAUCUUUGCAAAGUUCGUUGUAGAUUUUGUUGUACUGAUAAUAAUUCGAUGUUAUUAUUUUAUCUUUUAAGAUAUUCCUGGACAUGUUGUGGAUGUUUCUUGUCUCAAUACAAGAGAACAAAAUCGACAUGGACCCUACAGAGUUUGUAUUUUGCACAGACCGAGUGACAAACCACAGAGUGGAUCUAAAAUAACGUUAUUUGAAUUGUCGAAGGAGAUGGUGCCACGUACGUUUACGAUAUGAAGGAGGAGCCCCUAGGACAACAGACAGGGAGGGGGGAAAGUAGAAACGGACAGAGGAUCAGAAAUUAACAAACGUUUGUCUUGCUUUCUCGUUGUAUAAUUUAUGCACUAUACCAAGGCCGGAUUUUGGUGGAAAUGCUGGGGGUGGGGGUGGAAAACUGUUUUGGGGGAGGUGCAGCAAUCCUAGCUCAUGGUCCCCAUGGAAUGUUAGGGUUUAGAAUGUACCCCUGCCCCCAUAAAGUCAACUACGUGACGAAUGAUGACUGUAUAACUCCUCUCUCCUCCACAGAGGCUUUGAUGAGCUACUGCUGUUAAAAAUAUAUGCGCUAGACGGUAAUGUUAGAGAGUUAUGCGCUAGACGGUAAUAUGUAACGAGGAAACCGCUAAAAUUCGGAACUCUCCUUGCAUGCGUUCCGAAUUUUAGCGGUUUCCUCUUUACACAUUACCGUCUAGCGCAUAACUCUCUAACAUUACCGUCUAGCGCAUAUAUGUUUAACAGCAGUAGCUCAUCAAAGCCUCUGUGCAGGAGAGAGGUACAACUCAUCCAAUUUUGUCAUUCAAUACCUUACUACAAAGUUUCUUUUCGAAAAACGUUCUUACAAUCAAAUUUUAACUUCCAUUCCCAAGGGGAAGUGCAAAAAAUCUCGGGGGAGGUGCAAAAAAUCUCAGGGGAGGUGCAAAAUGAUCUCAGGGGAGGUGCGCACCUCCCCCCACCUCCCCCUCAAAAUCCGGCCAUGCACUAUACGUGACAUAAUUUGCUUGUGGAGGUAUGCAGUUUUGAGUGUCCUCUAGUAAACCAUACUUUCCUGUUUUCUCGCGAUAGACAGACUGGCGCUACCCGUUCCCGUAGGUCGGAAUUGUGGUACCUUAAUGUCUCUAGUAUGUUGAGAAAGACGUUAUUUUUGUGAUGUUGCAAGGAGCAUUCAGGAUGUGUUAUUACCAAACACCACAGGGGUAAUCGCGUUUUCUCGUUAUAGAAUCGACGGCAUCAGCUUUCAAGGAUGCGACGUUCCUGUACAAAGAUGAAGCAAUCAAAAAAGCAAGCUGCGAUCUCAAUAUUAUUUGCUACAGUCUGGCAUUGUUACCUAACAAUAUUUUAAUCACGUUAUCACAUCACGAGAAGAAGUACAUAAAGUUCAGUCUUUCAGUUACAAAUAAGGUAAGACAUUAAGCUCAGAGCCGCCUUUUGAAUGAUGGUCUUUAAGGCGCAUUUCAGCCCUUUUAAUUGAAAAAACUAACUAGGAAAAUCAAUUAAGCAUAAUUCAAGAUCAGCAAACUUUAUGCUUUUAACAUUUUAAAACAUUUUUAUUGUUAAAAGCAUUGAGUUUACUGAUCUUGAAUUAUGCAUAAUUGAUUUUCCUAGUUAGUUUUUUCAAUUAAAAGGACAGAAAUGCGCCUUAAAAACCAUUAUUCAAAAGGUUGAACUGUGCCUGCUUAGAGAGGCAGGCUUCUUCAACCCCCAUAGAUAGCCAGCGUUGACUAAUGCCUAAAAACAUUUUCCUGCUAAUGCUUAAUGUGUGGAAUUCUUUACGAAAGUUGCGGUGAUUGCGCACGAGCCUACUCUCUGAAAAAUAUGAAUCUUUCUGUACCCUAGAUGUUAUCAGCCGAGAUUCAAGACUCGUUUACUGGUCAUGAACUGCAUGGUGGUCGCCUCACUGUAUCACCACAUUUAAGAUGGUUAGCAAGCUGUGCUCCUGAUGGUAACCUUAUUCUUCGUGCUGUUGGUGCUCUGGUACGGUUUUGACAUAUUUCGUUCUGUAGUCAGUGGAAUAUCGUUUAUUACUGGCAGACAGGGCGGCAAAUAGACAUAUCACGCAGAUAUGAGGGAAACUUCUGAAGUUUAUUCUUUUAAUGUCGAUUUCAACUUACUUUUCACUAAAAUGUUCCGAACUUCGCAAAUUCGUUGCAAAGUUCGAAAACGCAUAAUGAAAUUUACAAAUCAGUUUGUAAACUGAGCAUUUGAUUGGCUGGUUUGAUUUAGCAGCCAAUCAGAGGCUUUGUUUACAAACCUGCUUGUGAAUUGCAUUAUGAAGUUUUGAACUUUGCAACGAAUUUGCGAAGUUCGGAAUAUUUUAGUGAAAAGUAAGUUGAAAUCGACAAUAACUGCAAUUAGGUUUAGUAUCAGAAAUACUUUUUCACUCGCUACUCUGGUUUACGUAAUAAAUACAGUGUCAGUGGAGGCAUUAGAGGAGAUGCUUUUUCAAUAACGAGACAGACAGAAUAAUGUUUCGAGUGAGAAAAUGUAAGUUACUAGUGCAGUAUACGUCCUACUAUCUGUUAUCAUAUAGGAUCGUGUUAUAAAGACUCCAGCUCAUCACCAUAGCAACGGUGGCGCAACCAAAGCUGUGUAUUCUGGUGAUGGUCAAUGCAUAUUCACCAUUGGCCGUGACGAUGUGUUAUCCUGUUGGCAAUGGAACUUCACACAAAUGGGUAAAAAUAACAUCACACUUUUAUUUCGACUACGACCAAGCACUUGGGAAAAGUACUGCUCUUAACUGAGGACAUUCUGGUCUUCUUUUGUAUUGUAUUGUAUAACUGAGGAUAUUGUGGUCUUCUUUUAGGCAAAAGUAAAGCGUUAAUGGCAGUAGAUGCGGCAAAAACUAGGAACUCCGUCCUUGAUAAGUCGAGGACUGAACAGAAUUAUGCAGCCAGGGAGAAGGCGGAAUGGAAACUAUCUGGUAGUGAGACAGAUAUGAUUGGGAGUGAAUUGCACACUGUCGAUAGCGAUCUCCUGCAUCAAGGACAUAAUAUUACCUGGUUGGAAAGAGUUACUGCACAGGUACUGUGGUCUGCAAUUUUGAUAUUUUCCCUACGAACCCACUCGAGUAACUUUCGCUUAACCACAGGGUCCACUAACACAAGUUACGUACAAGUACAUCAGUUCACUUAAAGCAUCCACUAGAGCAUGCAUUAGAUUUACUUAAUUUCAACCCACUGGUUAUCAUCGCGCUGGGUGGUAUACCACCAAAGCCAGUACACCUUUUGGGGGCGGUGGGAGGAGGUACCCUUAGGGGUAGACCAUUAGAUAUCCUGGGAGAGGGGGUGGCAGACCCAAAAAGAGAAUUCAUGCCAAGAGUGAAAUUUAAAAGCAAGCAUUUCGGAAAAGAAAAAAAUUCCUGCAACUACAUGCAGUAUACAGAAAUAUGUAGAAAAAUAUUCCUGCACAGCUACCACGCCGUAAAAAGGGAAAAUAGUUCAGCCCUUAGUACAUCUUCAUAAUACAUCAUUAUUAUUCAAUAUAUUUGUUUCAGGCACGUCGCGAAGAAGACAGGCAGCAUGCGGGACGCAAGAAAGAACUGAGAAAAGAACUACAACAGUUGAGACAACAAAUAAUGGAGUUGAUUGAAGAGAACUCCACCUUACCUGACUUGGAGAAAUUGGAACGUUAUGAAUUUAAUCUUGACGAAGAAGAACGACAAAGAUUGAUUGCGUUGGGUGAACAGAGUGUUAAACAGGUCAGGAAGCAAUUUUAGCCCAAGUUUAGACCUCACUUCCCGUACGAAAACUAAAGUCGUGUUUAUACUGUGAACCCUGGCCGGAUCUGAGCUUUGCUUUACCCUAGAUAAUGGUAGGGUAAUCAAACAUGGCCCAGCUGAGGCAUGACCUACGCCAGAAAAUCUCGUCCCACUGCCACCGUUGGCUUUACGUCUGGGCGAAGACAAGCCUUGUAAAGCGUGUACACGUAUCACAAUUACCUUGACCUGGCCUUGGGGUGGCUCUCUAGCCAAGAUGAAGUACUUACGGAAGGCUGUAUUUCAUUCAUUUGCGCGAUGAAUAUGACAUUUUUUUCUUGAAGGUUCGAGAGGAGAUCGAAUUAGAAAACUUGGCAAAGAUGUUUCUUCGUGACGUCAUCAAGAAGGAAUGUUGGGAUUCCAUGGUCGUUAAGGGACGUGGUGUAAAAGGUUUCCAUACACCCCUCGUGGUCACUAACUAUCCCACGAGAGAGCGGUCUCCUGAGGAACUGCAAGAACUUGCCUUUGUUACUAGGCAACGGAAGAUUGAGUGUUCAGAGAUGGAAUCACGAAAGACUAUCCUCGGAGCAGCAAACAGCAAUGUUACCCUAGGUAGGUAAAGUUUGUGCAAAACUUUGAAAAUAAAAGUUAUAAUUUCAUGCCUUAAAAAUGAUUGAAUUUAAAUGUGGUUUAAAUCGCUCGAGUUCUCUGCAGUGUUUGAGGAAAACAAUUUUUGAGGCGUAGGACGCCGAAACAUACAGCAGUCUCAGUGACUGGGGCAUGGAAGUUGUGCAUCUGUCCGAAACACAAUUUUAUCAGGAAGGCUAGAAAUGCCAUGUUGCCUCUCCUCCGCAGAGGUUCUUAUAACUCCGAGAACUGUCCGAAGAACAAUUAAUGUCAUGUUGCUGUUAUAUUGUUGUUCAAUUCAGGCGACGAAGAUGAAGAUGAAGCCCCGGAGGACGAAAAGGUCAAAGAUGACAGGAUCAUUUCCCCAGCCAUUUAUGGCAGUCGUGCAGCCAGUUAUGGUGGAGGCAAUGAUUUGAUUGCUGAUCAAUUUAACCUUUACACCCUGCAACAGAAACAUAACCAGAUUGUCUUGAUACAGGUAUUCAUUUACAUGUCUACUGUAUUGCUCUUCCCCCUCCCUAAAAAUGCAAUUUGAAGCAAUCAGAAACAGUUAAUUAAAGAUACGUUUAUUCAUUGUGAGUUUUCGAUAUGUUUAUUCAUUUCUGAGUUUUUUUUUAAUGUGUUGAUGUAUUUUUUAAUGACUUUCUAAAUGUAAUGACAAAUAUUUUCCGCGUAUUUCCAGUUGUACGAAGGCCGGAUAGCGCUAUCCAUCGGAUAGUGUUUUUUUCAACCUUUGUAAAAUGCUUGAAUAACUUUGAAACUACGGAUAUAGACGACACAAGGAGUAUAAAAAACAAUUAACUUAUAAAUACUAAACUUUAAUACGAGUUAUACAAAUUUUUUUUCAAAAAACUGAAUUGCGCUACCUUCGUACUACCUAUCCUACGUUCGUACAACCGGCCCAAGAUAUUUAAUCUUUUUUGAUACGAUUGUGAUUCCUAACUUGUUGGAUUGUUAAUUAUUUAGGACGGCAUUUACAAAAUCAAGAAAUCAUAUAACUCUGCAUUUGACGAAGUGUACCGCAACAAAAUGACUGAGGUAAAACGUAUUGAGGAAAAGAAUGUAAGAAUCAAGAAAAUCUUGGCUGACCUCGGUUUGGAUGACGUCAUUCUUGAACCAGUUAUGGAUACAGAGGAAUUUCCGGAAACCUUGCUGGAUGUCAAGGACAGUGAGGUACCUUUUGAGAGAUUUAUCACCAAGGAUGAACAAAUCAAAAUUGACGAGGAAAAGAAGCGAGAAGAAGGUAAAACAUGCUUUGUAAUAUUAUCUGGAGGACGUCUAUAAACCAUAGUUGAUAGAAUAGAUGGUUUGGAAACUCGUUAGAAUAACAAUAUAACUCGUUAUCUAUGUCAGUCAACGUUUAUUCAUAAAUCUGGCACUUCACCGUCACGUGCGUAUUGUAUUUUGCCCAGGUAACCAAUAGCAAUGUUUUUGGAAAGUUACCUAUCCGUGACUCGAAACAAUAGGGUAAAUUGGAAAUUGCUAUUGGUGGAUUUGGCAAGAAUACAAUACACACGUGACGGUGAAGGAACAUAUUUAUGAAUAAACGUUGACUAACAUAGAUAAUGAGUUAUAUUGUUAUUCUAAUGAGCUUCCAAACCAUCUAUUCUAUUAACUAUGUAUAAACACAAGACGUUUACAUCAUGAUGUUACUCUGGUAACUGUCGCUCGCCAGGUCGUUUUGGUCGUGUUUCCACUUUUUAUAUUUCCACAGCAUGACGUCAUAACGUUGAUAUGACAUUUUCAUAUUUUAAGAUUAUGUCAAAAUUCUAUAUUUGAUCAGCUAUUGAGUUGAUUUGACGAUUUCACUGUUUGUUGUUAGCCAAUCAGAAACCAUGAGUUCUUUUAAAUAAAUAAUAAUAAAAAAUGUUCCAGUGAUAUUGUUCAGUGAUGCUAAUUGUGAGGUUUCUUUUAUUUCAUCCUCACACUAGAACGUCGUGUGUCGGAGAUGGCAGACAACGCACGUGAACGCGCCUUGAAUCAAAUGAUGAAAGGAGUACUGGAGGCUAAUCCUGAGGACGAGCUCAAGAAGGACCUGGAACGACCGGAAGUACUGAAGAAGCCCGAGGAGGAAUGGGGCGAGGAGGAACAACGAGUUGCCAAAGAGUUUGAAAAGAAAGAACAAGAGUUACAAGAACAACGAGAAAAAUACAAGAAAUCUUUAGAAACAGAACUAAGAAAACAUCAAGGGAAUAUCAAUGAAGCGACCGCAGCAUUUGAUGAGAAAUUGAAUCAGUUGUUUCAACGGAAAAUUAAGACGGAGUUGACUAUAUUUCAGGUAAGGGACUGUAGCCGUAUGAAGCAAGGAAGCGAUCGUAGUAUUGGGUAGGAUGCGGUCAUGUGAAGACUCCGUCAUUUAAAAUGCAAGCCUUUUAAGUUUUUGUUCUUAUCCUUUCCUUAGUAUUAAAUUUAAGCUUGUAAAAAUAAGCUGCAACUCUUCGAUCAACUUCCUAAUGUGCUCAGCCAGAAACAUUGAUGACCUUUCCUGGACCACUAAGAAGAGCACGUAGUUUUGAAAAACGGAUAGAAUAUUCUAGAUAAAUAAAGCUAAUUGAGUUUAGAUUUCUGCCUGUAGUAACACUAGAACGACAUUCGAGAGAAGGCCUUAUUGAAUAACAAGAGGCCCUUACUGCAUACUGGGGAGAAAAGUGAAAUGCUAAUUGAGUUUAGUAAAGCUAGAACUUCCUAUAGGAAUUAUUUUAAAUUUAAAAAAAAAUUUGUAUGAAUAAGUUUAUUAUAGCUUCUUUACCCGUAUAGGAAGAACUAAAAGUCCUUCGUCUCACCGCCUCUAUUGUUGCCGAAGAAGAACUAAAUAUUCGCGAGGAACACUUGGUUCAUGUUUUAGAAGAGAAGAAACAUCAUAAAGGACGUCUAACGAGUGCUGUAGCUCAGGCAAAACGUGAAAUGGAACUAUUUCGUGAUGAGUAUGAGAUUAUGAUGGCGGAUGAUAAAUCUUUGGAUAAAGGAUUCAAGCGAGAUUUCAGUGAUCAGGAUCCUCACACUGUUGAUCAGUUGUACAAACUGUUUAAACGGCGACCAAGGUAACGUCACCAUUUGUAAAUCAGUGAAUCUGUUUUGUGUCGGGCUGGAUUUUUCAAGUGCCGUUUUGAGGGGGUCACCAGUGCUGAGACUGAAAAUUGUUGUUUUUUUUACUUUGGUCAAGUUUUUGGCCACGAACUUCCAGACGAAGGGCUCGAAAUGUCAAAGUUCUUAUUGGCCGUUUUUAUACUAGAGGCGCAUUAUGCGUCUGGACGCAUAAUCCGUCUUCUACAUUAUUCGUCUAGUAUAAAGAUUGGACGAAUAAUACUAGACGAAUAAUGUAGAAGACGGAUUAUGCCUCCAGACGCAUAAUGCGUCUCUAGUAUAAAAACGGCCAAUGCGACGAACUAUCAACAUUUAUUGUUCGUCUGGUUAUGCGUAUAAAGACGGGCACAAGACGCAUUAUGCGUCUAGACGAACUAUCAUCGGUUGUGCGUCUCUUAAGACGAAGAAUCGAACAUAGUUCGUCUAGACGCAUAAUGCGUCUUUUGCCCGUCUUUAUACUAAGGACGCAUAACCAGACGAACAACAAAUGCUUGCCCAAGUUCGUCCAGACGUAUAAUGCGUCUCUAGUAUAAAAACGGCCAUUGUAUUCCUCGGGUGGUUUGUAUCACAUACAAAGACAACAGUAUAAAUAAAGUUAGUUUAGAAAUCCUCCUGCAGUGCCUCCUGAAACAGGACGGAUGACAUCUUACUGGAUCUCCAGUUUAGAACGGGUUAUCUAGUUAAGUUUAUAGUUAACUUAUGAAGUACCAAAGAGAGUCGUCCCUGUCUGAGACAUAGUCUAUCAAGACAUGAUGGUUUGGAAACUAAAGUGUUUGUUAUAUGUUUUUGUCUGAAUUGAGCUCAUUGUACGUAUUUUCGUAUAAGUAAGCAACUGUCCAAUAGGGAUAGCUGAGAUGAAACGUGCAGCCACAAUGAAUAAUAUGUAAUGAAGUUGAGACAAAGGAUUUGUGCACAGUGAGGUACAGUUCAACAUCAAACAAAAGUCUUUUGUGGCCGUUUGAAGUUUGCCGGGAUUCCAGACCAUCAUGGAUUAAUAAACUAUGUCUGAGACGAGCCAUUAAUUGACCAUUUGCGUAAUAGACUAAAUUUUGAUCUCAACAAAAAUUUCAUUACAGCUUGAAAGAGCAUCACAAAAUUAGUAAUAUUCCAAAGUUUCGUUGCAAAAUGUUGUAAAAUGCGGAAAAUAUAGCCUUGCGAAAUUUGCAAUUUUCAGUCAUUUUAGAUUACAGCCUCGAAGGGUUUGGGGCUGUCAAUUUCCCGUUUGUAAUCUAAAAUGACUGAAAAUUGCAAAUUUCGCAAGGCUAUAUUUUCCGCAUUUUACAACAUUUCGCAACGAAACUUCGGAAUAUUACUAAUUUUGUGAUGCUCCUUCAAGCUGUGAUGAAAUUUUUGCCUAGACUUGUUUAGUUCAAAAUUUAGUCUAUUACGCAAAUGGUCAAUUCGUUGGUCAGUUAUUGCUUAGACAUAAACUGUAGAAUAAUAUUUUUGAAAUUGAUAAUUGAAAUUUUCCUAUGACCAUAAAAUAAAUACAUGCAUACAGUGUGACCUGACUAUAAAAGAUUAGAGGAUAAAUAGCUAACGAUUCAAAUGUAACUGAAAGAUUGUACAUGACCUGAAUUAUAGGCCGGCCCGUGCGAUUGAAUGAUAAAGAUGAUCUUGUGGCCCUGUGAUUCUUUUGUAGCUUUCUGAGAUUGCACUGCAGAGUAUAGUUGCCAAGAGCCAGGCCCUGGUUAUUUAUCCACCUAGCAUAGUCCAUGCAGUUAAUUUAACCAGUCUAUAGCAGGAAAAUGGUUAAAAUAACCAGGAAAUUUAACCGGGAAUAUUAAGUUAGCCCAAAUAGGAUUCUUUAUAUAAGUUAACCAUGCAAGGAAAAUUUAACCAGAGUGCUUUUAGAGUGUAUGUAUGUAUAUUAUAUUAUUAUUAUUGGGUUGUUAUUCACAAACGACGUUUUGUUUCUUUGUAGCUAAGCCUAACGUUACAGGUGUAACGUUUGCACCAAACCCAGCUGUAGUUGGUGAAGAAGUUACCAUAACGUGUGAUGAAUCUGAUGGUGUUCCUGAGCCAAGUUAUACCAUAAACAGGUCAGCAGUGAGAGGACGCUUACGAUAUCUGAAGUAAAGCGGAGUGAUGAAGGACCAUAUACAUGUGUUGCACAGAAUAAACUUGGCAAUGACUCAGCUACCGCUAAUUUGACAGUCUUAGGUAAGAUUAAAUUUUACGUUUUUUCGGAAAAAAACCUGUAUAGUGUAGCUAGUGUGUACAUGGUUUUUAAUGUAAGUGAAACGUACAAAUUGGUACAAUUAACAGAACAAAUUACGUGUAAGUUAGCGAGGAGUUAAAAUGUUAUCAUGUUAUUUAUGCAAGAUUGCAAGUUCAUACUAAAUCUUUAGCAAUCUUUAUUACCAUCAAUCCGUUAAUUUUUUUGCAAAAUUAGUACGAAUUAAAUCCGCGAUUUAAUUAUUAUUUUGACGUAGCUACACAGUGCACGUACAACUUGAUUUAGUCGCACAAAGUGGGGAAAAUAAGCUGAUAAACAAGAAAUAUGCAUGUAAGAUAAUAGUAAAAAAUGCAUGAAAAUAGGACAAUGUGGCGAAAUUCUUAGCUUUUCGAAAAUUUCCGAAGUUUAGCAAGGAAUUUGAUUAGUCGGGCAAAAUGCAAAAGUCGGGCAAAUUUCGUUCUCUCCCCUAAUUCUUCCGCUCCCGUCGCCUAUGUAAUUUCGCAUGAGACUUGUUUAAUUACCUUUUCAUAAAAUUCCGUUCUGCUAAAAUCAUUUUAUUUUCAAUUGAUAAAUAGAAGCGAGAUCAACACCAAAACCACCAUUAACGUCGACAAGCAAUGGACAAGACAAUGGAGAAGGUAACACGACACAGCCAUGUAACUUUAUUCCACAUGUGAAGCAGCCAAAUUACAUCAGUUAAGUUUUUCCUUUCCAUGAAAAUACUUUAAAACAAGUACAAUUUCUAAUAAAUUAUAAAUCCCUUUGCAAACCUUUUUAAAAACUAUACUCAUGAUUUAGGGUUUAGACGCUAUAAAAACUAUACUCAUGAUUCCUAGUUUAGACGCUAUAUCAAACCAUGUAACCACAAAAGAUCACUUAACACUACACUGUAGAAAACUAUUGCAUCAUACCCUAAUCAAGCCUGUUUUAGAAUAUUGUUGUAGUAAAAAGGAAAAGCAUGUGCAUUGUGGCUCAGUGGGUUAUAACAGGACACAUAUAAGAGUGCCAGACUCUACUCCUACUCUACAAGUGAAUCGUCCGUUGUUAGACCCAAGUAAAUUAACAAAUUUUGACUUGCAGGAAGAAACCUUUACUCAGUUUUACCUUAAUUUGUUUUAGAUACAUUCUCAGAUGAAGAUGGUGGUGGUGGUCUGGGCGUUGGUGCAAUUAUUGGAAUUGUUAUUGGUGUGUUGGUAUUACUGGUCAUUGUUAUCGUUGUGGUAUGGCGCUAUAAAUCGAAAGGAGGCUAGUUUUUAAUUACAAGAAAUAGAAUAUAAUAACAAUAAACAUACUAAGAUUAUAAAUAUCAAACAUAUUUAACUGACAAAAUAUCCAAAGCGGUCAGUGUUCGUGAUAAAUUUGUUAGUUGAUUAUAUACAUGCCAGUGGAUUAUAAUCAACGUCCUCGGACUUUAGUUUAGUAAUAAAUUUUAUACAUUAAUUAUCUUUAUGGG